AUGAUAGGUACUGCGCCCUCCGUUCCUGGCCCCUACCUCUGCUACUCGACAGACUUCGAUCCUGUCAGUAUGAGGGCCGCUCAUGCUUUGGUUGAAGAGACAUUUGAGACCCAAGGACCCUUCGAUGGGGUCUUUGGCUUUAGCCAGGGGGCAGCAGUUUUAAUCGCUUAUCUGCUCGACCAGAUCGCCAAAUAUCCAGAAAGGCCUCUUCCCGUUCGAUUUGGGAUUUUCUGCUCGACGGUACCAAUAAUUGCCACAGACCCAGCCUACUACCGAUCCGUGUUCGGCUCCCUCUCCCCAGAGGACGAACAGCGUCUUCGCUCUGGUCAAGAUGACCAGCUAUCCCAGCUCCCAGAACCAGCUCAAGCUUCUGCCAAGGUGCUGGCCGAGGUCAUUGAUGUACUGGAGCCAAUCAUCCGUAAGUCCCGUAUAAGCUUUCUGGAUCGCCAGCCGUUGGACGUCCCAUGCGCUUUGCAUCCAGAUCUGUACGAGCCGCGUCUAUCGUUUCCAACCCUUCAUGUUCGUGCGAAGAAUGAUCCACCAGCGCUGAGACGGUGCUCAUUGUUGACUGAGAGUUUUUGUCUCCCUAAGUGGCGACGAUCUUUCGAGCAUAGCGCCGUGCAUAGCCUCCCGCGGUCCGCAGCGGAGGUGCAGGAUAUGGUGUCUGCCAUGAGGUGGGUGAUUGAACGGAGUCAACGGUCGAACUUAUAA